AUGGCUUCUAACCCAGGUCUGCUAACUGACUGGCCAUGGACACCCCUCGGCAACUUCAAGUAUGUGGUUUUGGCUCCUUGGGUGAUCCAUAGCAUGUACUCCUUCAUAGUGAAGGACGAAAGAUCGAGAGACCUCUUCAACUUCCUCAUUCUCCCACUCAUGCUUAUGAGAAUUCUUCAUUUCCAGCUCUGGACUUCAUUCUCUCGUCACCGAACUGCCAAAGGAAACAAUCGCAUCCUCGAUAAGCCUAUUGAUUUUGACCAGGUUGAUCAUGAAACAAACUGGGAUGAUCAGAUAAUCUUCAAUGGACUUGUUUUCUACUUGGGAAACAGGUAUUUGCCUGGAUUCUCUCAUCUACCCUUGUGGAGAUGGGAUGGUAUCAUUUUGACCAUGUUGCUUCAUGCUGGCCCUGUUGAGUUCAUCUACUAUUGGUUCCAUAGAGCUGCGCACCACCAUUUUAUUUAUUCUCGAUAUCAUUCUCACCAUCAUUCUUCUAUCGUCACCGAACCUAUUACUUCUGUGAUUCAUCCGUUUGCCGAACACAUAGUUUACUACACGUUGUUUUUCAUCCCGGUUAUGACAUGUACGUUGACGGGGACUGCCUCCAUUGCUUCCUUCGCCGGAUAUGUUCUUUACAUCGACUUCAUGAACAACAUGGGACAUUGUAACUUUGAAUUCAUCCCCGAGUGGUUUUUUUCUUUGUUCCCUCUUCUUAAGUACCUUAUCUACACUCCCUGUUUCCAUUCUCUUCAUCACACGCAAUUUCAAACCAACUAUUCGCUAUUCAUGCCAAUGUACGACUACUUUUAUGGAACUACUGACAAGUCAACAAACAAUCUAUACAAGAGCUCGCUCCAAAGACAAGAGGACUCACCCGACGUAGUGCACUUGACUCAUUUGACAACAUUGGAGUCGGUCUACCACCUUCGUCUUGGUUUUCCUUCAUUGGCGUCUAGACCCCAAAGUCCUAGAAAAUGGUACAUCCGAAUGUUGUUUCCCUUGACACUUUGUACAACCCUACUCGCCCGAAUUUAUGGCCGCACCUUUGUAGUGGAGAGGAAUGUCUUCAAGAAUCUCAAAUUGCAAACUUGGUCUUUACCAAAAUUUAACCUUCAUUAUUUCAUGACAUUGCAAAGGGAGGGCAUCAAUAGAUCCAUUGAGGAAGCCAUACUAGAAGCUGAUGGCAAGGGCACUAAGGUCUUGAGCCUGGGCCUCAUGAACCAGGGGGGAGAUUUGAAUGAAAAUGGUGAGCUUUAUAUCAAGAGGAACCCUAAUCUCAAAGUGAAGGUGGUGGAUGGAAGUAGCCUAGCAGUUGCAGUUGUCCUCAAUAUCAUCCCCAAAGGGACAACUCAAGUCAUUCUGAGAGGCAAUCUAUCUAAAGUUGCUUUGGGCAUUGCCAUUGCCUUGUGUCAGAGGGGCAUUAAGGUAAUUUGAUUCUAGCAGAAGUUGAU